UAUAUGAGAGACAGGUUAUUGAUAUGAGAAAUGGUAAUUAAAAAAGGAUAUAAAUAAGUAGAAAAAAGUUUGUCUUAGAAUUAGUUGUGAAUUGCUUUUAAAAAAGGUUUAGUGCUACAAAUGGAAAAAAUAAUUCAGAAGUAGAGCCCCGGUGAAUUCGAGAAAUAUUUAAAUCCGAAAGUCCAAGAAAUCAACCUUUCAUCUAACACCCUCCCAACCAGUGAACACGCAAACCCAAAAAUCUGUCAAUAUAAAAAAAUUGGAAGAAAGUUGCUGUGUAUAGGUAUUUAAACAAAGAAAAAAAUGAAGAAGAUAAUAUUGAAAAGAAGCUAUAAAGAAGCAGGUCUUCCAUUGCACUAUUCUCUAUCACCAUCAACAUCAACAGAACAUGAGAAUUCUGCAAAUAGAAUUGAUGAAGAUUCUCAUCCAAGCUGUGUGUCCAUCUCUCCAUCAGAAGAAGAAGAAAGCAAUGACUGGAUAGCAGUAACUUGCUUCAAUAACAGAGUAUUUGCAGGGAGAUUAGAGAACAAGGAAAAUAGUUUAAAAUGUGAUUUCAUAAUAAAAAAAGGUGAUAUGGAAGUUAUCGACAAUUUUCACUUUGUGUUAAAACUUGUUCAUUACGAUCAAGCGUCUGAUUUUAACACAUGGUAUUAUGAUUCAUUAACUAAUCUUGACACUCGCUUGGAAGAGUUUCAACAAAGAGGAUCGAAUGCUGCUUUAGAUAAAAUAGUAUGUUUAGAAUUAAAUAUAGCAAAAUUCGAUCCUAUGAAAGGAGGGAGUUAUAUUGCACUCUCCAAAAAAAUCAAACGAAAUCAUCACCAUAUAAUUGAUUGUUUAAUUAAAAAUAAAAUAAUACACAUCCACCAACUCAAACAACAUUUUCAAGAAAUUAAAAAUUCGUUUAAUGGAUCUACAGAAUUUGAUGGAGUAAUUGAAGUAUUUUUAAAGAAAAAUAGCUUAGACAAAUAUUUGUAUGAUGGAUUAAUUACAUGUAUAAGCCAUGGUAGAGUUAAAGCAUUGGAAUGCCUUAUUAAUACAUGUAAAGCAAGAAAUAUAAACCUGAAAUUUUAUCCAUUUUCAAAAAAUCUAGAUAUAUGGAGAUGGAAAUGGAUCAUUUUAAAUAACAAAAUCAAGGAAGUGUUGGUAUAUAUGAAUGGAGAAGCGAGGGAGCAUUUGUAUAUAUCAAACUAUUGGCGACUGAAGUGGUUUGGUGGAUGGGCAAAUGAGGUGACGAUAAAGGAGAUGGUGAGAAUAGUGAAGACUAUUCUCGCCUAUGAAGAAGUAGGGGCGAUUUACGUAGAGGAGGAGGUUGAGAGAAACCUUUUCCAGAAAUUAUUUAAGAUGGUGGAUGUCAUCACGGCAUGGGACUAGAUACUUGGAGGUGGUUGAUGAAGAAAAUUAAGUCUCCUACAAAUAAUAAUGGUGAAUUUAUACAAAUAGAUCAAACUGGAGAAGAUGUUUGCGAGAUUGAAAAUUGGUCAGCAAGCAAUAAUAUUAGUGAUUAUCUAAAAAUAAAGGAAAUGUUAUUGAAUUUGAUUAA